AAAAAAAGAAGAAGGAAGGAAGGACUACAGGUCAAGGAAGAUGUAUAAAUGGCCCUUGUCACUGGGUUCUGUUGUAUCUGGCUGAAGCACCUCCGAGGACAAGGGUCACAGGCACGCUCCAUACUCAGUCCGAAUUGAAUUAGGAACUUUCCCCUUCACGCUCUGCCCAGUGGCUCUGCAGAGACGCAGGGAAGGAGGCAGCGAGGGUCCUUUUACUGAAGACCUAACUCUCCCCUGCUGGCAUGUGUACUGGGGGCUGUGCCAAGUGCCUGGGGGGCACGCUCAUCCCCCUGGCAGUGCUCAGUGUCCUGGCCAACAUCCUGUUGUUUUUCCCUGGAGGGAAUGUGAUCGAAAAGGAGCAGAUCACUGAAGAGGUCUGGUACUUCGGAGGAAUAUUAGGAAGUGGCGUCUUGAUGAUCUUCCCUGCACUCGUGUUCUUGGGCCUGAAGAACAAUGACUGCUGUGGCUGCUGCGGCAAUGAGGGCUGCGGGAAACGCUUUGCGAUGUUCACCUCCACGAUAUUUGCUGUGAUAGGAUUCUUGGGGGCUGGGUACUCCUUUAUCAUCUCAGCCAUCGCAAUCAACAAGGGUCCUAAGUGUUCCACACAAAGUAAUAGUACCACAUGGAUAUACCCCUUCAAAGAAGGGGAUUACCUCAGUGAUAAUAGCUUGUGGAGCAAGUGCCAGAAGCCUGAUAACAUCGUGCCCUGGAACCUCAGCCUCUUCUCCAUCCUGCUGGUCAUCGGAGGGGUCCAGAUGGUUCUAUGUGCCAUCCAGGUAGUCAACGGUCUCCUGGGGACCUUGUGUGGCGACUGCCAGUGCUGUGGCUGCUGUGGGGGAGAUGGACCCGUUUAAACCACUCUGACGGCCUGCUCUAACUCCACAGCCUGUGGGGAGGAAGACUCGCUAAAAAAUUUCUCUUUUGAAGGACUGUCAACUUCUAUCUGCUUCCUAACAAUGUAGGAAAUGCAUGCUUCUUUUUUUUUUCUCCUUCCAGGAAGUUUUGCUCAUUGGUAUUUCAUUUUCAAAUAGAAAAUAGUGUGUCCACUUAAACUAAGAUUAUGAAUCUUCCAAAUUAGCUUCCUUUUUUUUAGAACUGGAGAGCAGCUUCUAAAUGAAUUUUCCAGUUUCUUCCUCUGAGAGUGAAAAAGUUAUAAAGGCACACUUACCGCUACAAUGCUUCUUUGUAUAUAGAGAUGUUCAUAUCUUUGGAGUUUUACAUAUUUCAAAGAAUGAAAGUGCAUUAAAA